AUGGCACCGAGCAUACCAACCGAGCCGGCCUCGAAACGCAACGGCGCCAAUGUCAAUGACCAUGAAGUGGUCCCGAUAGGGCCUUCCCCGGGGCUUUCGUCCAACCCGCCACGCUACAUCUCGGAACAGACGCUGCAACAGAUGCUAAAGAGCAUUGCCUACGACGAGGCAAGAGAAGAUGCAUACAGACUCAAAGGCGUCCAGCUCAUUGACAGCGUUCGCCAAAGCAUAAGCCUCCCGGUGAAGACUUUCGAUACUGCAGCGACAUAUUAUCACAGGUUUAGGAUACGGUUUCCGAGCGCCGAAUACAACUAUGAAGAUGUGGCUCUUGCGUCGUUGUUUGUGGCAUGCAAGGUGGAGGACACGAUAAAGAAGUCUAAGGAUGUUCUAUGCGCUGCCCACAAUAUCAGGCAACCUCACGAUCAAAGGACUCCGGACGACAAGAUGUUUGACGGGCCAUCCAAGUUUACAGUGGGCCUCGAGCGUCAUAUCCUGGAGACCAUUGGUUUCGACUUCCAGGCUCAGUAUCCUCAGAAGUUGUUGAUCAAAUUGCUGCGGAAGAUGUUUCCAAAGGGCGAGAAGGGAGACAGCCCCGAUGUCAAGAGGUUCAUCAGCGACGCAUACGACAUGUCUAUCGAUCUUUACAAGACAUUUGCGCCCUUGAAGCAACCAAGCUUUCCUCUUGUGAUGGCAAUCCUUGAGUUAACGGUCAUGCUUACGGGCACGGGUGCAGAUCAGAUUUCGCAGUUCUAUUCCGUUCGGUAUCCGGUUAGGAAAGGCUGCAUCCUGGAGGUCAUGCUGGAUCUGAUGGAUCUUUACACGCAAUUCUCCAAAUCCACCAAAGUCGGCAGCAGAUACGAUCUUAACAAGUUGAUGGACGUUAAAAUUGACAUCAACAAGAUGCUAUCGGGGAAUCGGUACCACCGCCACUUUGCAUGGUGCGACAAGUGUGUCCAAGACAGCUCGGAUGCCCUUUCCGCCACCCCGGGUUCCGCCAUUUCGCCAGCAACUAACAGCUCGCUACCGGGAAACAACAUCGUCAAGCGGAAUAACAAGUCGUCCGAGGGAACUUUGCGGUUCGUCUUCGACCAUGAUGAUGUCCGCUUCGAGCGGGAAACAGUGGCGGAGUAUUUUGACGAUGUAUACGAGGAGAUCGAAGAGGAGGUUGAGGAAAGGAUCCCCGAUGAACCAAGGCACUCGAGCCGAAGCGCUCAUCACUCGCAUUCAUCACACCGCAAUCAUACCGACCAUGGCUGGAGUCCUUAUUCGCGGAGUCGGCAUGGUGGCCACAACAGUGACCGACACAAGGGGCGAAAGAGCCACGGUUACUAUUGA